GCGAGUAACUUUUUUUAUACAGAGAGAUCUGUCUGUAGUUUCUUAGCUGUUUUUGACCUUUUAUUGAAUGAACCCACAUCAAGAACAAUGAGUUCCUCAGAGAGUCUGAGAGAGUUUAUCACAGAGAGACUAACUGCUGCUGCUGAAGACAUUUUUGUAGUUUUUAAAAGAACUAUCGUCGAGUACGAGGAGGAGAUCGACCGUCAGCGCAGACUGCUGGAUGUCGUUGGGAACCCUCACAUCUACCUGCAGAGACCAGAUGAGUCACAGCAGGAUGAGUUUAAAGAGGAGGAGGAGGCUGAGCAGCAGCUCUGUAGCCAGGAGAGGAACUCCAGCCUGGACCAAGAGGAGCCAGAGCCUCCACAGAUUAAAGAGGAAGAGGAGGCAGAGCAGGUCAUGAUGAAGGAGGAGACAGACACAUUCAUGCUGACUGACCAAGAAGAAGAUCUACAAACUGAACAGCUGCUCCUUUCACACAUCUCCCGUUUUACUGAGAAUCAAAGUCCAAGAGGAAGUGAGCACAGAGAUUCAGAAUCAUCUAGAACAUCAGAACCAAAACAAAAUAAAAACCUUGAGAACAGAAAUCACAACACUCAGACAUCAGAGAACGACUGUGAUCAAGGUCAAAUAUCCUUAAAAUGUGACGCGUGUGGUGAGGAUUAUAAGAGCAUGUCACUAUUUAAGACACAUCAGUGUUUCCACUCAGGUAUGAAGAUGCAUUCAUGUGAGACUUGUGGAAAAAUAUUUAGCUCCAGGACUAUGCUGAGUAGACAUAGAAAAGCCCACACAGGUGGGAGGCCAUAUUUGUGUAAGAUGUGUGGGAAAGAUUUCAGUUUUAAAUGUUAUUUAAAGAGCCACAUGAGUAUUCACACAGGUGAGAGGCCGUACUCCUGCAGCACCUGCGGCAGAGAGUUCAUUAAGAUGUCCAGCUUAAAUGUUCAUAACAGAAUUCACACAGGUGAGAAGCCGUUUACCUGUGAAAUAUGUGGAAAGCCUUUCAGAGAGAAAUCUAAAUUGAAAGUCCACAUGAGAACACACACAGGGGAGAGACCGUACUCCUGUGAUACCUGCGGGACGUCUUUCACACAGAAAGCUCAUUUAGAUAAGCACACAAGAAUUCACACAGGUGAAAGACUGUUCACCUGAGAAUCAUGUAACAGGGCUGACUUUUACUGCAUAUGAGAGGAGCUCACACAGGUGAGAAGCCGUACCUUUGUCAGACCUGCAGUAGAAGGUUCUGAAACUCCUCUAUUUCCUCACAGCACAUGCAGACAAGUAUCUACACAAUAAUCAGCAUCCCUUUGAAAAUUUCACAUUUAUUCUGUGUGCAAAGUAAAAAAAAAAAACCCCAAAAACAUUAGCAUCCAAAGUAAAACAAUAAUGUUUGGAAAAGCUGUUAAAAAGUCCUCGACCUUGGGAAAUACUUGGGAAAACUGAAGUUUUCAUCAGGGGUACUGACUUUGUUGUCAUCUGUAUGUGUGGAGCUGAUAAAGGAGAUGAUAAAGUUGAAGUCAUUUCUGUAUCUCAGUAACUGAACAGAAAACAGUUUCCCAUUGACAGAGGGUUCACAUUGUUGUAGUUUAACAGGGUUUUUGAAUGACUCUGCUCCUGAUGAUCGCAGAGGUCAGAGGCCUUUUGUUUCUGAGUCUUUCAUCUUUCUGAGACGUUGUGAACACGUUAGCUCAGGAAUUUUCGUCCAACUUUGCAUGUAUGUCCAGUGAGUGAUAACAUUUCCUUAUUUAUACAUUUGAACAUAAAGUGUCUCUUUAUGUUUGCCCAAUAAAAUGUUAAAUGCACCAUUAACUAUAAUUUUAUUUUUUCUCAAUUUUAUCCUUGCUUCCUUUUCUGUCAAAAUCAUUUUCUGCAGCAUAACAAAACACUUGUCCCAAAAUUGGUAACUAUGAUCAUGAUUAAGAAUCCUUUUUCACUUUUUUAAAAAAACACAAAUUAUAUUUGUCCAUUUUAACCUUGCAAAGCAGAUGGAUACGCC